CCGAGACAGCCUGCCAGGUUUGGGGCGGGCUUUGGCGCCUCGCUUCCGGGACGCCAGCGGAUGUUGGGGUUUGAAUCGGGUGUCGGUUAUGACACUGCUGAGCCUUCGCCGUGAGGCUCGGAGCUGGCGAUGCUGCUUGCGGAGCUGCCGUAUGGUCCCUCUGUUCGAGUGCCCUAGAAGACUGAAGACCUUGAGGGUGCCAGUGGCCAUUGCUGAGUGAGGAAACAAACAUCUUUCAAGGGAGUUCCAAAGAGUAAACAGCUAGAAGAAAGGUACUAGAAUGAAUGAAAAUACCCUCUGCCGCUUCCAAAGCCCAGCCUGUGUCCUCUGUCAACGAACUGAUGACUGUCCCGAAAAAUAUGGAGAAAAGAGAACUUACAAGGAAUACAGUCUCACUGUUCAUUACUACUGCUUGUUGAUGUCAAGUGGAAUUUGGCAGAGGGGUGAAGAAGAUGAAGGAGUUUAUGGGUUUUUAAUCAAAGACAUUAGGAAAGAAGUAAACAGAGCUGCAAAACUGAAAUGUAAUAUCUGUAAGAAAAAAGGUGCUUCGAUUGGAUGUGUAGCACCCAAAUGCAAACGAAGUUAUCAUUUCCCUUGUGGGGUUCAAAGGGAAUGCAUUUUCCAAUUCAUGGAACACUUUGGGUCAUAUUGUUGGGAGCACCGGCCAGUUCAGAAACUUCCAUCUGAUGAAUCUAGAGGCUCUUCACAGUGCACAAUAUGCUUGGAAUUUGUUGAGCACUUUCCAAUGUACAAUAUACUGAAAAGUCCUUGCUGUAAAAAUGCUUGGUUUCAUAGAGACUGCUUGCAGUAUCAAGCUCUGAGUGCUGGGGUAUUUUUCUUUAGGUGCACAGUGUGCAAUAAUAAAGACAAAUUUCAGAAUGAAAUGUUGAGAAUGGGAAUACACAUUCCAGAAAAAGAUGCAUCCUGGGAACUCGAGGAGAAUGCGUAUCAAGAUCUUCUGCAGCGUUACCAACACUGUGACGCUAGAAGAUGUCUGUGCAGGAAUGGGAGAGACUAUAAUAAACCUGAUAGUAAAUGGGAAAUCAAAUGCUGUCAGUGUUGUGGUUCCCGUGGAACUCAUUUGGCCUGUUCCCCAAUACAGUCAUGGGAGGAAAACUGGGAAUGUCUAGAAUGCAGAAGUAUCUUCGCUAAGUCAGGGAAUUACCAAAAUCAGAAAAAACGCUCGUUGGCUACCUCAGAAAAAAUAGACGUUACUGGUCAUUUGUUGGAAGAGCCCUCUCCCAAGUGUCCCAGACAAUCACCUGGAUCCCAGCAUGGCUUUCUUCUCAGCUUUUCCCCUUCCAGGUCACCAAAGAUGUUGUGCCAGAAUAGCUUGACUCCUUGUACAUUAUUAGACCUUCCAGCGUCUAAUAAAAUGGUUAUGUCCAUAUCCCCGCUGAUCAAUUCUUCAUCAAGGAAUCUGUCAGUAAGAAGAAUGCAACUAAAAAUACAAAAAAGAGAAGCUUCUAAUAUACUGAGGGAAUUAAAGUUACAGGUUAAUACAAAAACCACAAGACUGAACAUCAACAGAGACAAUAUCUGGAAUAGUGCCUUAAAAGGAUUCAGAGGGCGAAACUUCAAUGCUGCAAACACUAUGGAAGUGAAGUUCACAAAUUGCAAGGGUAGAGUAGAGACAGAUGCUUUUCAUGGAUCAAAGCAUGAGUUUUUCCGAUUAUUAAUGCUUCAUCUUCAGAACUCAUCACUAUUUGAGGGCUCUUCCUCAAAGAACUUAUCUCUUGAUUCUCAAGCUAUAAAAGAGAAUUUAUACUAUGAAGCUGGCAAAAUGAUUGCAGUUUCUUUGGUUCAUGUUGGUGUACCUCCCAGUUUCUUUUCCAAAACUCUGUUUAACUGUCUUGUUUAUGGACCAGAGAAUGUGAAACCAAAAGUGGAAGAUGUUGCAGAUUUUGAUGUAGCACAAACAAUAAAAAUGAUAAAAUCAUCAAGAACUCUGGCCAGCUUAAAAUCUACAAUAAGUGACUGCUAUGAAUAUCUUACUAUUGCUGGAUGUUUAAGACCUAUGACAACUCUAUGUGAUAAGGAUAUGUUGGUGAACGACUUACUGAUCUAUCAUGUAAUUAAGCGAGUUCAUUCACCUUUUGAAAGCUUUAGGCAAGGUUUGAAAACUCUUGGUGUACUGGAAAAAAUACAGAUGCAUCCUGAUGCGUUCUCUAGCAUAUUGUGUCACAAACCCGAGAGACUUUCAGCAAGAAUUCUUGGUGAUCUCUUUACAAUCCACUGUUUAUCAGGUGUAAACAAAGUCAAAGGUGUUGAUUUCUGGAUGGGUUAUUUACAAGAUGUGGAAGGUGGUGAGUCUGCAGCAACACUGGAAGAUAUUCUUGUCUUCGCAACUGGUACCAGUUCUAUCCCACCCAUUGGUUUUGAGCCUGACCCCUCAGUUAAAUUUCUGCAUAUAAAAUACCCUGUUGGAAACAGACAACUUAACUGCUUAGAACUUCCAAUAACAAAGACAUAUGAGCAGUUUAAAAACAAAAUGGACUUUGCCAUCAGCAACGCACUAAGACUAGAAGUAGAAUAAAUUUUUUUUGCUACUAAAGUCGAUGUUGCAAAUUCAGUUUUUCUGUUUGUGGGAUGUUCCUUCUUGUGAGCUGCUAUUACAUUUCCGAGCAUUGACACCCUUUUUUCCCAUCUCAGUUUUCCCCCACUGGUUUACAAAAAUUGCUCUUGUUGUUUGUCCAUAAUAUUGCUCUGGUUUGGACUUUACCAGAUAGUCUCAGCCCAAAUAGGAUUUUUGUAAUAAGUCAUUUUAAAUUACAAAGCUGUUUUAAAAAGUUAUAUUGGUUUAAUGCAUAUGCUCACAAAUCAAACUUGUUUGGAGUUUUUUCAAGUGGAAAAAUAUAAAUGGACAAGUCACUAGACCAAUAGGCUAAAAAUACAUUUAAAUUUGGAAAGUCAGUAGUUAGUGUACUUGGGUGCUGAACUUUUGAAGAUUAUACUACAAGUUAUAGAAAUUAAAAUUGAUAUAAAGAUAUUUUCAGGCUCAAAUUGGGUAUGUAAUAUUUUUAAUAUCUAUUGAAUCAUGUUCUUGUUGAAGUCAGAGUUUUCCCCUUGAUUUCAAGGGGAACUGUCAGCAUCACACUUAAAAACUGCCAAUUUUGCUAUAGAUAAAUAUGCAAGGUUAUAAGUAUUUUCAGCAUGCUGUUCCCUAUCAGUAAGUAUAGGUAAUGCUCUACACAUUGAGGUAACAUGAUUUGUCAAAGUCAAAGCAGGCACAUUUUAAGGGUGAUCAGUUCUAGAUUUUUAUAAUGUCUUUGAAAUAGCGGUGAUGGGGCACUGCAUCAGUUCUUCUGUGGGUGUUUUUUCAGUUUAAUGACAUUCAGUAAAUAUUUUUUCCUUUUUAAAUAUUAAUGAUGUGUUCAAUCCACAAAAGACAGAAAAUUUGGAGUUUAAGGCUAUUACACUGUGUCCUUGGAGAAAUCAACCACAGUUCAGGGGAGACCGAGGAAAAUAAUGAAGUUUGAGAACUAAAUUUGCUUUUACUCUAAAUUUCUUGAUUCUUCGGGAUUUAAAUCAAAUCUUUGUCAUUUUCACAUGGAUUUUUAUAUAUCAGUGUUACACUAUAAAUUGUUAUACAGAGUCAAAGGAAUAAAUAAAAUUCAGAAGUAAAAGAUCUGAAAGUGUGACUCUAAUAAGUGUUUAAAAACUAAACAUGAAAUUGUUAGCCUUACAGAUAUUUCUAUAGUUUAUUCCCACUAUGCUAGUUAGAACGGGAUGUUCACAUUUUACUUACACUGAAUUGAGAGUAAUUUUGAUAAUAGCUUGCACUAUAAUUGCUUAUUAUCAUUUAUCCUGAUCCUUGUCCCAAAAUUCCGUUGCAAUCAAGGUCCAGCACUUCCUUUUUAUGCCCUUAUGCUAAACACUGUUUUUUUUCUCAAUUGUUACUGCCUUUUGAACAGCAUCAGCUACAGUAGGUACAUUUAACAAACUUAAUAUUUGCAAUUCUAUAGUAAUUGUGGUACCAUUCUCUUCUCAAAGAUACUGCAGUGGCCAUGGAUAUCUGGAUCAAUUAAUGUUUAGUUUUUAUUGAGGUGCACUGUUGCUCAUUCAUAAUUAAAGUAGUACAGGAAACAUUUUGAUGUUAUUAAUUUUAAAGAUUUUUUUAAUUAGGAGGGGGAUGGAGAUGAGUAACUUGAUUAUGUAUCUAUACAGAAAUCUCCUGUUGGAGAGAAAUAAGAUUGUAUACUUUGUUAGCUGAUUGUUUUACACUUUUGAUAUUUCUCUUAAAAGCUGUUUUCUUAGUAUUCAAUUGUAGAUUGAGCUUAUUCUUAUUCAAUUGCUUUUUGUUACUUAGACGUCAUUUUUUCCUAUUAAUCUGGUUAUCUACUCUAUAUCUCAAACAAAGGCCAUCUUAUUUAUAAUUCCACAUUGACUCUUAACUAUUCAGAUUCCUUGAAAGAUUAAUAUAUAUAUAUAUAUAUAUAAUUCACUUAGAAGCAAGCUUACUAAUGGAUUACAGGCAAGAUUCACCACUUUGUGUUUAAAAACAAACAAAAUAAAACCCAAUACCCCCUUCCUCCCUCCCCCCCCCAAAAAUCCUGCACCCAAUACCAAUAUAGUCCAAAGGAACUCUUUGUGGGAAAGAAAAUCCUGUUAGUGAUGCAAUGUAUGAAUCCAUUUUAAAGAAAUCUCAGCUAAUGCAGUUUUUUCAAACUGACUGGCUGAAGACUUUUUUUUUUUUUAAAUGGGAGCAGAUUAGUUGCAUGCUUUCUCUGUUUUCAGCUACUAAACUACAUUAAAAUGUAUAAUACUUUCUAACUAUCUUUAUUUAGUUCAUGUAAACUAUUCUAGCUGCCACUGAAAUGUUCUACAAGUAUGAAUGGAAUUUGAGGUGGUCCAUGAGACACUCUGUUAAACUUUGGCACAUUAUGAAAAACUUGGAGAAUUCUCAGACUCAGGCUCAGAUUGGCUUAUUUAAACAUUUAAGAUAGCUGAAAACUAUUUUAAUGACUGGUACAAUUUAUCUGUUAAACCAAAAAAAACUUUUCUCCAGAUUCUUGCAACUACUACAUUGUUUUUUUCAAGCAUUUCUCCCUGAAUUGUUUUUUUUCCAUUGUUAAAACUACAAACCCUAUUUGUCAGGAAAUGGCUGGAGGGUGUGUAGUUUUUAAUUUUACGUCUUAGAAUCUCUGAAAAUGUCUGAAGUAUAGACAUUUAUUUGUAUUCUUCCAUGCCAUUAUUUCUUUAAUUACUUUGAAAGUAGUCUCCCUUUCUUCAACAUUUAAAAAGCAUACUGAAGUAGGUCAGGAUCUUACUCUGGUUGUGGGCCAAAAGUCUGGUAGGCUCUCUUUUUGAAACAAAACUGAUUGUAUCUCCGAGUUCCACUGACUAGUUAUUAGAAAAUGUUAUUCCAUUUGUUCUGCUAUUGUACACGCAAUGUUCUUGAUUUUAAUUCUUGUUUUUUCUCAAGGAACUGUUCCAUGUGUUCUUUCUCUCCAUUAUUCUGAGGAUCUCAGCUCUACUUUUUAUACUAUUGCUUGACUUCAGAAAUGUCUACUACCAUUAUAGUGAAGGCCUAUGUGCUCUGGCAAGUUUUACCUAACUUUCAUGGCAAAGGUUUCUGUUUUCUGUGGUGCUCCACUGCUCAGAAUUCUGCAGCAGACUCAUACUUAACAUUGAACUAAACAAGAAAAUUAAUGCAGCAGCUAGUGCAAUAUUCCUUGUUUGUUGUUGCUUAAUUUGAGGUUUCGCUUAAUUUGAGGUUUCACUUAUUUUGUGGUGUGCUGCAUAUUUUUUUUGACAAGAAGCAUGUAACUUGUGGAUGUAAUGAGGGGGAGAGCUGGUGGUUUUGGCAAAAGAACAACUGUUGGGCAUUAGGCACUUGAGAAGGCACAGGAAGUGUAAAAUCAAUAUUGGCAUUUAAAUGUUAGAUUUUGGAUAGAUCUCAAAUUGAGAUGAAUGGAAACGGUACACAUCUGAUCUUUUUGGGUGCUAUUGUUUCAAGUUUUCUGCUGAUUUAAGACAACAGUUAAUUUAUUUAUUUCUGGGUAACAUUUAGAAGGCUAUCGUGACAACUAAAAAAGCAAGACAUUUUCAUUAUGGUUUAAGUUUAGAUUCUGCUGCAUAAUUGUGUGGCAAAAGGUGGAAUCUUUAGAGAAUUCUACAACUUUAGAAUACUCAGGGCCCUGAAUAUAGCUUUGAAAGAUCUUAACUUCUUUAGUUUUGAAAGUCUCAUAGUGGUUUGUGUUCUCAUUCCUGGACUAUGACUUCGCAAAGUUGGUAAAGAAUAUCUCCUUUCUUGUAGUGUUUGUUAUCUUCCUGAAGCACAAACCUCUUUCAUUAGAAAGUUGAGGUGUAGAAAUGGUGAGCAACUUAUGUUACUAUGUCAAGGAACUGCUAGAAUUAAAUUUUUAAUUUAUAUAACACAUUAAAAUUGAAUAUGCUCAGGUAAUUUGCCAUUUUACAAAAAAUAAAUAUUCAAUUGAAGCAAAACUAGGAGUUAGGAAAGCUGCUUAUUUUAAUCUCCAGUAUUAACAGUGUGUUAUCUGUUAUACAUACAAUAUAAUGGCUACUUACUACACAAUUUGUAUAAUAAGCAUACCGUUGAUAAGAUUCGUGGUUAAGGUCAGAAGAGAGACCAUCAUGGUCAUCUAGUCUUACCCUCAUACACAGGCCAUAGAACCUCACCCAGUAACUUCUGUGUCAUGCUCAUAACUUCUGUUUGAGGUCUGCCAUAUUUUAUAAACAAUUUAUUAUUUGUUUUUCUUGGAAACUUUUUUACAAAUAAUCUUAGAUUACAAUAUUUUAAAAAUCUAAUAUUAGUCUUUUGAAGUUUGUGGAUCUACAUUUUUGAAACUAGGAAUAGUCAAAGUUAAAUAAGAUGGCUGAGAGGAAGUCUUGCCAAAAAAAUCUGUCUGGUGUCUUUUUUUUAUUGUUAUUAGCUAAAUAUAUUCAGAGUGAGAAGUAACCAACCUUAUGUUCUACUUCAGGCUCUACAGCAUUAAAUGCAAUGCAAAUCUUUAACAAACUAGGUUUACAGUUCCUCAUUAAAUAGCUUCCUCACACUUGGAUAUACAUACACAGAGUUUAGUAUUUAAAGAGGAGUGUUCAAAAUAUGCACAGCAGAAAAUGGAAAAUUGUCCUAAAUAGAGUCAUUAAUCCACCUCCUCCAAUUCUGUGAUUUAUACUUUUUUUUAAAGUGCCAAUUGAUAUAAACUAGUAUUUUUUCCUCAAGUAGGGAAGCGAUAAAUUAAAUAAACUCCAGAAGCUGCAAAAUAUAUGUUAUUUUAGAGUAGCUUUGUUUCACUCUAUCAGCUAUAUAGUAAAUGAUUUAAAGUUGUGGUAUUAUGUUGUUGGUUUAACAUAAGGGAGUUGCCAAUUCCAUAAUAGCAAAAUGGGAAUCAAAAACUAGUUUAUGAAAAGUAGCAUGUUAUAUAUUUUGGUUUGCUAACAAAAAUGAAUAAAUAUCUGAAUUGUGGAAAUAUUAAUGUUCUCUGGUAAAAAGUGUAGUAUUUAGCAUUUUAUGUAACACAAAGCGAAUGUUUAGAAAAACUAACAUCCGUUAUGUAUAAUAAUAUGCAUUAUGGAACUUGCAAUUUUAUAAAUAUUUUUGGCUUUGGUUUUUGCCAUAGCUGUGGGAUACAGUGCCUGAAAUCUGUUGCAGCUUCAAGUAACGUACUUAACAGCUAUAAUAUGUCAGUGUUGCUCCAUGAAGUAAGUACAUUAAUUGUGGGAGACAACUGUCGUGUAUAAAAUGUUUGAAGUGCAAUAAAGUAACUAAUGAAUCAGUUAGUAAGCAGUUGUAUUAAAUAUGUAUUUUCUUCAAAA